AAAAAAUGCGGUAAUGACGGUAAUGAGCUCAUCACCGCGGUGACGUCCCAUAACCGCGGUAUUGCGGUAAUAAAAUUAUCGUCACAGCCCUAGUGGGUAGUGUGAAAAAAGUUACCCAUAAGCUCAGUUUAGAGGACCACCUAUUUAUUAUUUUGAUUAAAUUGAGAAUGGGUAUUAGCAACCGAUACCUAGCCUAUAAAUUCAAUGUUACUGACAGCACAAUAUCAGGCAUUUGUCGGAGCUGGUUAGCUGUUAUGGCACACUGCUUGCAGCCUUUAAUUAAAUGGCCUAGUAAACAAGCAGUCCUCAAACACAUGACGAAGAUUUUCAAGCGAAACUUCCAAAGGUGUAGAUGCAUCACAGUGUGAUGGCCUUUCACAGUGUUUGCACACCCUCUCAGUCUUCAAGGCAUCUCUGGCUUUUGGUAAAACUUGAAGUAAGAACUCCUGAUUUCUCUUGACACGUUGCACGAUGACUUCUGAUUGUGUCCAAAGAACAAAGUCACAGUGGCUAACACCACACACAAACAUGUAAAGCUGAACUUGGUAGUAGUAUGGGUGUGUGUCCUUAAGCACAUAAGAAGAGUCCAGACAAAACUGUCUGUCUUCAGAACAGCCCUGUAGGCUCUCUCGAUAUUUGAAUGGACAUUUAAUUUCAACAACUCCUUUGCCACAGCAGACACAGCUUGUUGUUCCAUCAGGUGAUGACCCAAGAUAGGGCUCUUCUUGGUGCACAACUAAACCAGAGGACAUUACUGUGAAAUCUUGAUGCGAUUUGGCCAUAUACUCAGUAUAGCACUUCCUUGCAGUGUCCUCCAUGCUUUUUCCCCAUUGUACAGCUGGAACAUUAAGGUGUGGUGUGUUGUAUUGCAUUAUAUCAGUGAUGCAUUCUAUGCUUAUUUUGUCAGUGGUGCAUACUCAAUGAAGUUUUGUGCUAGUUAUACGACCUGCUCUAUAUGUGUGCCAUGCACUGGAUUGAGACUGCCUACGUGUGAUAAGCUCAAGCCUUUCCCACUGUUGUGGCUGUGAAGACCUUUUCAGUUUGUGAAACACCUCUUCACAUUUUACUUGCAUUUCUUGUGGUGUAAGAUCUCUGAGGGCCUCAUCUAUGGCGUCACAUUAAUGUCAAAAGUCGAGGGCGCAAAAAUACAAGUAGGGGGCGCAAAAAUACCAGGUGAAAAAAAAUAACCUGCUUGUUUUAACGUUUAGCGUGUAUAAAUUUCCUUCUCGCAAGCGCAAAUGGGAAACUCAUGAGCAAAAAAAAGGGAAUGGUGUGCGCGCUGAAGAAAAAGUUGCUCUCGAGCUUAAUUUUUCUCCUCUCGGGGGCUUUUUUCCCUCGCGCGCUGUGUGAAUUACCUGCAGCAGCAAUUUCUGCUCGACUGAGUUUUUUGCGCUCGAGUUUUGAAAGGGGUGUUUUUGGCAGUUUGGGGGGGGAGUCAGGGUCGCCUCCCUCAGCGAACGCUAUUGGCCGAUAUCUCCACAGUUUGUGACGGACCCCCUCUACCAGCAGUCUCCUUCAGAGAGCAACGAUGGAGGGCGAGGAGGAGCGACAGCAGAUACAGUUACAGGAUGCAGCUAGGCACAUUGUGGGGAUGCUGAGGAAGGCAUUGAAAUCUCCUUCUCAAAAUGAUGGAGCUCCAGUUCAGAGAGGCCAGACGUCAGGGACCCCAGGGUCAAAGCGACAGAUGGUCUCAAGACCUGUCCAGCCAACCGUGUCUACUGCUUCACGCAGCAAACUGGAUGAGAAUAUGGCCAGAUCAUUUCCUGGACUCUUUAAAAAAAACUGUUCAAGACCUCGGAAACGGGCAGUGAAGUCAAAACAUGUUCAGUUUUUUCUUUUGGACAAAGUAACUGACCGUACCCCCAAGACAGGUGAGGAGAUGGUACUUCUCCAAGCUGGACUAGGCCAUAGGACAGUUGACAUUCCAGAGGAUGCCGAUCACUCCGAGAUUUCAGCACUCCUUCUAGAAUCCUUUCCAAAAAUGGCUACCUUGGAUGGGGCUUGGUUGCUGUAUAAACCAGCUGGGGGCUCAGGGCAGCGGAGGCUAAAUGUUGUAUCACCUGAGGCAGAGGGCUAUUCUGGAGCCCACUUAACAACUGGUUAUACUGGAAAGAGCUGCUAUUAUAUAAUGCCAAUCCAGGAGAGCCUGGAUACAAGCCCCUUGCCCUUUUCGGCCAAAGAGUUUUCCAAAAUGCCUAAGGCAAAAUGCAUCAACUGCCAGAUCCAUGUACCUGUACAGCUGCUGUCACUUCACAUUCAAGAUUGCCAGAAAACUGACACUGACUCAGAUUGUGAAAUUACUGAUGAUCCUUCUGAGAUUUGCCCUAUAUGUGAGGUUCCAUACCCUGUUACAGACCUGCCGCUACAUGCAAGCUUUUGUGGUGAAAGCAGUCAUCUUCAUUUUAGGGACACUCUACCCAGCACAUCCUCUGCAGCUUCAGCAGUUCAGUCAACACUAUCAACUGCUUACCAAUUAGUACCUGUGAUUAAAGAAUGGAAAUCAGUGCAAGAUCCACAAGAGGCUGUACAGCUCUUCCUGGAGCAACUUAAACAAGAGGGGGCAAGUCAACCAUCACUCCUUCUGUCCCUGGAUGCAACAGAUGAUGACGAACAAAGGGAUUGUUCUCUCAUCAAAUUUUACAAAAGUGACUAUGAAAAAAGCCAAUGGAAAGCUCCUUUCCGCUGCAGCAUUAAAGGGGAUGCUGCAAUUGGAGCAGGUGUGACAAGACAUGUGCUAUCUUCAGCCAUUGCCAGGUUAAAGCAUGGUUUUAAACUAAACCUUGAUUUUGAUCUAGGCAAUGCAGCGGAGACUCUGUUGUUUGAGGGAGAACCUGACCACCUGGUUCCUGCUGCAUCUACAGUGCUUCUGGAGAGUGAUCUUUUCCGUAUGGCAGGUAGAAUCCUUGGUCACUCUGUGAUCAAUGGUGGUCCUACACUGUCUGGGUUGAGUCGGGCAGUGGUCAGUGCCUUAACAAAUUGCCAAAAGGAAAUGACAAAAUCAAAACUCUGCCUAGAAGACUGCCCCGAUACAGAGCAAAGGGACACUAUUGGUCUUCUGCUAAAAGAAGAGUGGACUGAGGAAGAAUUGUCAAGAAUAAACAAUCUCUGCUUGGAUUGGUACUGCACAGUGCCUACAAAAGACACAAACAAGCUUCUGAUAUUCCAGCAGCUCCUCUCCCAUGCUGUUCUUGGCAGAGUAACUGCACAGAUUAAGCAGCUCCAAAAAGGGAUAAAAGACACAGGCAUUUGGCCAUUAAUCGAACACAGACCUGAAGUCGUACCGCUGCUGUUUCCUACAGAAACAGAAGUUCAGUUAACACCACAGCAAGUCCUGCAGUCCAUUAUAUGGCCCCGUGCAAGAUCCAAUCACGAUGAUAGUGAUGACGACAUGCCUGAAGAGACAAUUGCUCUUCUCUCUGCAUUUUUCAGAAGAUAUAUUGAAGAGGCUUCCUCUGACAGAUUAAAGAUGCUACUAAAGUUCUGGGUCGGCUGGGAGGUGCCACCUCAGCGCCUAAAGCUGGAAUUUGUUCAAUCCAGAGGAGCAAGACACCUUCCAACUGCUGCGACAUGUUCAGAACGUCUGCGGUUGCCAAAUCACUACAAGAAAUUUGAGGAGCUCAAGGCUGAUCUUAUGGUCUGUCUCGUGUCUGUGGAUACUGGCUUUGGCCUUGUCUAAACAGAACCAUGUUGCAGAGGGGCCCAGUUCGCCAGAGGGGCCCAGUUCGCCAGAGGGGCCCAGUUCGCCAGAGGGGCCCAGUUCGCCAGAGGGGCCCAGUUCGCCAGAGGAGCCCAGUUCUUUUUUUUUUUCCGUAGUACAACAUCACCAAUGUUUGAUCAAUCCAAAGCUGUCUUUAUUUUUUUAAUUCAGCAAAUAGUACAAAUAUAUUAAUACACAACAUAAUUUGAAAAAUCCAAAGCUCUUAAAAUUUAAGCGCUGCCACUAUGAGCGGGAGAUCGCAGGUUCGAACCCCCGCUCAUGCAGCUUUGCCAUCAAGCUGCUAGUGCUCAGAGGGAGCAAAAUUGGCCCUACUCACCCUGUGCCAAAAUGUAUUCACGACAUGUUAAAUACAAGUCCCUUGCCGGCAGGUCUGGGUCACUCUGUUCAAUGAGGCUCUGAACCACCUGUAUUUGUCCUUCAUUUAAAUGCGACUCAAUUUGAGGAACCACAAUCUCUCCAUCAAUCUCGCCAUCGUGGUUUGUGGCAAUGUCCCAGUCAAUGUCAGGCUCCUCUAGAUCCUAGCACAGAAAACAGAACAGAGUACUAAGUAUUGUAAUAAAGCCAAUUUGUCAUUGGACUACUCUGAACAUAUACACUACAUUUGUGACUAAAUUAUCAUAUAGUAUAACAUUUGAGUGAUAAUCUUUAAUAAAUGCCAAAUGUAAAACAUUCAAAA